AUGGACGACGACAUUGGGAGGGAAGAGUUGUUCGCGCUAGAGAUUAAUGUCCAAGAAUUUGUGACGACGGACUCGAAUGGUAGAAAAACUUUGCGGAAAGGGACGAGAAUAGGAGAGGAUGUUAGAUUAGAUAAUGAGAUCCAGAUGAUUGACAUGUUUGAAAUGUACAAGUCUGAGAUGAGCUGUGCAAUAGUGGUAGGAAUCCUUGACAAAGCAUUAAUGGAGAGGGAAAUAGAACGUGCAGUUGAUGAUCUUGAUGAUCUGACACCUUUGUGUGUCUUGCCGCCACUUGAUGAUCCACCGCUUAAUGUUCCCACUAGUUCAGAACCCAAUCCUAACAUAGCUAGCAAUCAGGCUGAACCAAACAUAGGUAGCAAACACCCUGAACCCCCCACAGUAGAUGCUUCAAGGGCUGACCCAUUUGACAACGAGGAGGAGUAUGUUGGUGUUGAUAAUGAACAUGUGUACAUGCCAACACCUCCUGCACAGCCAGCGCAACGCACACAGCCGGCUGACAAUGAGCAGAAUGAUGGUGUUGAUAAUGCUAAUGAUGAGGUAGAGGUGAAUGAUGCAGAUCCAAAGGAGCUCAAUGUGCUUCACAAUCCUGAACAUCCAAACAUAGUGAAGGGUGCUUUAUUUCCUGACAUCGUAUCAUUCAGGAAAGCAAUAAGGCAUUAUGCCAUUGCAAGAGGUUUUGAGUUUGCUGGCCUCCAAAUAGACCCAACAAGAUUCAUUGCCAAGUGUGCAUAUAAAGGUUGUCCAUGGCGCAUCCAUGCUUCUAGGAUUCAAGGUCAAAGCACAAUUCAGAUCAAGGUUCUUCCCGUAGAGCAUAAUUGCCCAACAACCAAGCUUGUAGAAGGCAAGAUGGCUACUCAAGGCUGGGUUGCAGAUAGGCUAGCUGAUUGGGUGAAGAAGAACCCUCACAAAGGGACAAAAGAAGCAAAGGAAAAGUUAGAGUCAGAGUAUGGAAUAAAGUUGAAGUAUUCCAAAGCCUGGUCAGGUAUGAAGGUUGCUCUUGAACAAAUUCAUGGUAAAUAUGAAGAAAGUUUUCAAUUGUUGUUCAACUGGAAAGCACAAAUAGAGAUUAGUCAGCCAGGUAGCAUAAUUGAAAUAGAAGUGGCGAAGAUAGGAAAAAAGAUGUGUUUCAAGAGACCAUUUGUAGCAUUGAGGCCCUGUAUAGAUGGUUUUUUGGCUGGUUGUAGACCAUACAUAGGAGUGGAUGCAUCUAUUUUGAAAGGCAAGUACACUGGACAGUUGGCCAGUGCCACUUCGGUAGAUGGACACAACUGGUUAUACUAUGUUGCUUAUGGCAUAUUUCACUCAGAGACAGAAGAAAACUGGGUAUGGUUCAUGGAGCAGUUACACAGAGAAUGCAUGAGACACCUAUAUGGGAAUUUCAUGAAGCAGUACCAAGGUGAUGUUUUCACUGACCACCUAUAUCCAGCAGCAAGAGCUUACACUGAAUGGCUGUUCAAAUGGCACAUUAGCAAGAUAUAUGAAGUUGCCCCAGAUGCAAUUAUAUACCUUGAAGAGCAUCACAACAGGUUGUGGUACAGGUGUGGGUUUUCAGAAGCAAGCAAAUGUGAUUACCUGACAAAUAAUGUCUCAGAAAGUUUCAAUAGUCAGGUUAGGCACUUAAAGGGACUACUGCUUCAUGAGUUAGUUGAUGGAAUAAGAGAGCUCAUAAUGGAGAAGAGGUACCUUAGAAAGCAGAUAGCAAACAAGAUGGAUGAUGGGAUACUGCCAAAUGUGAUGAAGGAGCUGAAUCAAGUAAGCAACAACCUCAGGGUUGUGAAGGUUGCAAGAAGUGAUGAGGACUGUGCAGAGGUUACUCUAGUGGAUGCCUACAACAACACUAGAAGGCACACAAUUGACCUGAAAAACCAUAACUACUCUUGCAGAGUUUGGCAGGUAACUGGAAAACCUUGUCAUCAUGCUCUAGCCUGGAUCUUGUCUAAUAGAGGUGUAUAG